ACUCUCUCUCUUACCCCCCACACACAUACCACCCCUCAACCAAUAAUCAAUCAAUCAACCGUAGUGCGCCUCGCCGCCCCCCAUCGACCGACUAUCGACCAGAGCGCAUCAGAGACGAUCCUCCGCCCACAUCUUCCCCCUCCCCCAUAGCCCCCACCGCUCGCUAUGAUGUCGGCCUCCUCAUUCCACGCUUCGGCGACGCCCAACAUCCGCAAACGCCCGUUUCCCUCCCACGAGCAACUUCAGCAGCAGCAAUGUAAACCGCCAGGCUACCUGCUCCCGAACCACCACUAUAGCAACUACAGCCCCGUUCCCGAGCCACAACAGCAUCUGAACCUCGACUUUAACGACCUAGUAUACCGGCAAAUCUUCGCGGACAUGUCCGCGAUCGUGGACGACAACUGCAGCUCGUGUUGCGACAACGACAACUGCGUUGACAAGUGUGAGAACGACGAGUGUUGCGGCGACUGCCCGGACGAAUGCAGCAUCGAAGCCGUUGCCCACUGCAGUCUGGACGACUGCAAGGUCGUCUCGGCGUCGCCGUCGUCGGUGUCGGCGUCGUCGUGUCCUGGAUCGCCGUGUGCGCAGAUGGCCGGUGCCGCCUGCCAGACCGUGCUCUGCGAGGACGAGGUCUGCCCGGUCGACCCCUGCGGUGUGGCGUGUGUCGAGACCGUCUACUGCCACGAUACGGCGUGCAGGGAGGAGGAGUGUCUGACCCUGCCGUGCGAGGUGCCGUGCUUUGUGUCCGGCUGCAGUCAAGCUAUUUGCAGGGAGUAUAGCUGUCGCGCGGGGAAGUCGCCGCCCGCGACUGCUGUCCGUGAGUCGUCGCCGGCGGCUUCGUAUCACGGCGGUGUGGACGCUCACAACUAUGUUUCCUUUCACGUUAAUAAUGCGAAUUCCAACCGCUGGCAGAAGCCGGCGCCGAGAUGUACCGAGACGGGGCAUUAUGCUAGCAUCGCACCGAAUAGUUUGACGCUAGAUACUAUGCAUCUCCCACCGUUCAAUGCCCUCUCCGGUGAUCAGCUCUAUUCCGGUGGUGGUGGUGGUGUUGUUCCUAGUGUUCCUAGGUGGUUCGAGGAAACGGAAACACCGCUGCUGCAGCAACCCUCGAAACGACGUAAGAUCUCGGAAUUGACGCCGGUGGCCACGCCGGCAUUCGACCAUAGCUACUCGACUACGCCCUCCUCCACCGCUCCUACACCAAUGUCCUCGAACCUCGGGGACAUAGACUGUCUUUGGGACCACGGCUGUGACGAGACCUUCUUCGACAACCUAGCUCUGCAAGACCACAUCCAGCACGCCCACAUCCAGUACGGCACGCAGCAGCUCGACACGCUGACCUGUCUCUGGGACGGCUGCGGACAGGAGACCCCAGACCCCAACAGCCUCUUGGACCACGUAAAAUUCUACCACGCGCCCCCACCCAGCAAGCUGAUCUGUAUGUGGGAGGGAUGCCGUGCCAUAGCCAACAGCGAAGCCGAGCUGCAAUCGCACAUCAACGCCGCCCAUCUCCCGUUCGGCCCGCAGUGUAAAUGGGACACGUGUGGUCUGCUCGCACCCGACCUCGAGAAACAUGUGCAGACGCAGCACCUGGUUCCGCACGUUGGGAAGUCUCCAGACACCGUGGCGAGAACGUGUCAGUGGCAGGAUACAGAUCGGGACGGAAACGUACACACAUGCGGUAUGCUCUUCACCUCGUCGACGGACCUGCAGCAGCACGCAAAAGAAAUACACAUCAACGCGCUGCGAAAGAAGACGGGCUACUUCUGCCACUGGGCCGGAUGUAAUCGCAUGGACAAGCCGUUCAGCCAGAAGGGCAAAGUCGAGCGGCACCUCCAGACCCACACUGGAUUCAAGAGUUGCACGUGCGAGGAGUGCGGCAAAGAGUUCUCGGCGCCACAGGCUCUCCAGCAACACAUUCGCACGCACACCGGAGAAAAGCCGUACAAAUGCAACUUCUGCGGAAAGGAAUUCGCCCAGGGCUCCGCUAUGACUAUGCACAAGCGCGUACAUACUGGCGAGAGACCACUCAUGUGCACCUACCCCGGCUGCGGAAAGAGGUUCUCUGAAAGCAGUAAUCUGUCGAAACAUAGGAAGACACACAAUCCGGUCGGUCGGCAUGUUUGUAGUUUUCCGGGAUGCGAUCGGUCGUUUCAUCGGCUUGAUCAAAUGAAGAGGCAUCAGAAGACGCACGGCGUGGUAAUUUCGACUAAUAUGGAGUAACUUGAGGAGGUGCCUGAGCAUACGGUGUAUAUUUUUUUGUUCUCCGCAGUGCAUAGAGUACAAUACGUGCAAGCCGGAGAAGCGAUUUUGGUGAUUGUACUGAGUACAUGUGUCAUGGGAAUGGGGAUGGGAAUGGUGUCUGCUGCAGCAGCAGCAGGUAGGUGGGUACAUAAGUGGGUGGUAAGAGCGCGGUUGACGCUAUCACCGCGGCACAUACUUUGUAGGAAGUGGAGUCGAAUAGGUACAUAGACACGUUCGUCGUCGGUGCGGCACGUUGCACUCACUCGCGAGUCACGGAUGAUGAGCGGUGAUUGAUGAUAGUUGUGUAUGAUAGGUAGCCGCAAAGAAAAGACCAGAG